AAGAAAAAUAAUAGCCGGAUCAAAAAUCCCAAAAACCACGAAAAAAGGUUCUAAAUCCUUGUUUUAUUGCAUUAACGAACGAAUUCUCCUUCCAGUCAUUAUCACAACAAGAUCUCCAGCAAUUACGAUUAGGGAUAGCUACCAAAGUGAACGAACAGAUCGCUCCUAAUCGGUCCAACUCACAGCCGGAACAUCCGCCAGAAUUGUUUUCGAUUUUCCUAUUUUAUCCGAUCCGCUCUUCGGAAAAUGGCAUCUCACGGUGAAAAAGUGUUCAUGUGGAUCAACGAGCUAUCGAAUCCGGAGACGCGUGAAACGGCGUUGCUAGAGUUGAGCAAAAAGCGCGAAAGCGUUUCCGAUCUGGCGCCGAUGCUGUGGCACAGUUUCGGCACGACGGCCGCUCUGCUGCAGGAAAUCAUCAACAUCUACCCGUCGAUUAAUCCGGCCACCUUGACCGCCCACCAAUCGAACCGGGUUUGCAACGCACUCGCGCUGCUCCAGUGUGUUGCGUCGCAUCCGGAAACCCGGUCGGCCUUUCUCGCCGCCCAGAUACCGCUGUUUUUGUAUCCCUUCCUACAUACAACCUCGAAGACGCGACCCUUCGAGUAUCUUCGGUUGACCUCGCUCGGUGUGAUUGGUGCGCUGGUUAAGACCGACGAACAGGAGGUCAUCACGUUCCUGCUGACGACGGAAAUCAUCCCGCUGUGCCUGCGUAUCAUGGAGUCAGGAUCGGAGCUAAGCAAAACCGUGGCCACAUUCAUACUGCAGAAGAUCCUACUGGACGAGGCGGGCCUCUCGUACAUCUGCCAUACCUACGAUCGGUUCUCGCACGUAGCAAUCAUUCUCAAUAAAAUGGUAAUAUCGCUAUCGAAGGAACCGUCGGCACGGCUGCUGAAGCACGUCGUCCGCUGCUAUCUACGUCUCUCAGACAAUCCACGAGCACGCGAGGCCCUGCGGCAGUGUCUUCCGGAUCAGCUGCGCGAUGCAACGUUCGCCGGGUGCCUGCAAGAGGACAAAUCGACCAAACAUUGGCUGUCGCUGUUGCUGAAAAAUCUCGACACGGUACCGGGACCCGGUGCCGAUCCACGCCAGGUUGGCAUCCAACCGUUAGCAUCAUAAUCGGGGUAUUGGCCUUUUGAAUCGAGUCGAAUGCCUCUCUGAUCCACGCAAAGUGUGUGAGCAGCUUUACACUUUUGGCUGGUACAGUGAUUUGUAAAAUAACCCUAGAGUGUAGGCUACGAAAACCACUUUCCACUCGAUUUUUUGUUUCACUGUAGAUUUCUAAUAUGUUUUAUGGCCAGCGCGGCUAGUAUGUAGUGGUCAGUGGUGUGUACGAGUUUGCGGAUCAUCGUGCGUGUUUACGAGUGGCACCGAAUCGCCUACUCUGUGUCAUUUUUUCUUUUUCAUUUCAAUCAUUGCGCUCAGUAGAUCCGAGAUCAUUGCGAUCCAAGACAGCUAGGGUUAAGCUAAGCAGUUUAGGGCGUUGGUGUCCGUUCGCUUCGGCAGGCUACCGGACGAUCACAAAACAAGGAGUAGAGUAUAGGGAAGAAUAGUUGAAAGUGAGCGAAAUCCGUUCCGACCAUUAAGAUGGAUUGAGCCAGAUAAGUAAUAGAAAUAAAUAAAUCUAUAUAUAUGUACACUUUA